UCUUGUGAAAUACUGGAGGACAUGACAAUUGGAAAAUGACCUUUCUGGGAUUUAAGAGCAGAGGGCUUCCUGUGUUGAGUGUUUCUCCAACUGUGCCAGCACUGUUCCUGAUGUAAUCCUUUUAACGUGCAACCAAAAGAAUGAUCUCUACAUAUUAUAUGGUUUUGAUCUCGCUCUUGUUUCGGCUCUCAGGAGCUAGUUGUCCUCAGGGCUGCCUGUGCACCUCUGACAUACUGAACUGUGGCUCUUUAGGUCUGGAUAGAUUUCCCAACCUGCUUCCAGUCACGACUUCUGUCUUGGACCUCAGUCAUAACAGACUAACAUGGCUGGCAGCCGACAGCUUCUACGGGCUCCCAAGGCUGCACACUUUGCAUAUGUCCCAUAACCGCAUCUCCUUGCUCAGCCCGGGAGCUUUCCAUAACGUCAGCGGUCUACGAUACCUGGACCUAUCUUCCAACAAAUUGCAGGUGGUGGGGAAGUAUCACUUCCAGAACCUACCGGCCUUGGAGGUGUUGUUGCUGUACAACAACCGUCUUUCCCGCGUGGAGAGCAACACACUAAUGGGGCUCGGUAGUCUCAGAAAGGUUUAUUUUAGCCUCAACCAGAUCACAGACUUCCCGUUCUUCUCAGUUCGCAAGCAUAGCCACCCCAACCUGGUUACGCUGGACCUCUCCUCAAACCGUCUGUUUCGUUUGCCCAUGGAUGACAUUGUGCUGUUGCCUGUUGCGGUGCAAAAAGGCCUGUUUCUGCAUAACAACCGUCUGGAGUGUGAUUGCUCUGUGUACCGCAUGUUUUGGCACUGGGAGCAGAAGGGAUACGCAAGCGUGAAAGACUACAAGGAUGACUAUAAGUGUCUGAAGUAUGGUGAACCUCAAAUCUCAAUUAAUUUUCUGCGCUCUGCACACUUCUUUGAGAACUGUACAAUUGGGAAGAUGAUAUCCCUGAUAUCCCCAAAGGCUGAUAAAGUUGUUUAUGAGGGUGAACAAGUGAGACUGGACUGCACUGGAACACUAAAUGGAGAAGACCUGUCCUACAGCUGGAUCAUUCCUCAUCAAGAGAACAUCUCUCAGCUGAUCCAGAACGGAACUCUACGUCUCAAUCAAGAUGGUAGCUUGGAUAUUCUUGCUGCCCAGUCCAUAGAUUCGGGGGUCUACCAGUGCACUGCUGUGGAUAAUACAAGGAUGAUAAAUGAAUCACGAGAAGUGAACCUAACUGUCGUAGCCCAGCGCUCCUCAGAGGAGCCGUUCAACACAGGCUACACCACUCUUUUUGGGUGUGUUGUGACCCUUGUCCUGAUAUUGAUGUAUCUGUAUUUAACCCCAUGUCGCUGUGGUUGCUGCAAACCUCCUCCCUCCUCUCCAGCCAUCUCAACCUUUGGAGAAGACCGCUGCACUCUGGCCUCUAUCUUUGCUGAUCCUUCAACUGAUCGACUCAAGGGCAAGUCUCAGUCCGACAGGCAUGUAAUGUUCCUUGAGCCACUCAUGGCAGGGAAAAACGGCCAUCUGAAAGCUGCAUUUGUUGUUGAACAGCCUGCUGUUGAAUGGGACACAGAAAACAUUACCAUUAUCAGCUAAAGAAAUUACUCAGAGUAGCACAUUUGUGACUU